GCAAAACAUUGCAAUUUGGGAUUUUCGUCCUAAAAAAACCCUAAAUCUUCAAAUUCAUUUCUAUAUUCUCAUCGCGACGAACGAAACCACCAACCUACUCCGUCCUCCGCCGAACCGUUCGUCUCAACUUCGUUAUGCUGCCGCCUUUGGUUCUGUAGCAGUCUCGCGUAUCACCUUGCUGCACCACCAGCUCUUCUUUUUCGCGUCUCACAUUGCUCUGCCGCUCACCGUCACCGAUUUGCUUUGAGUUCGGUAACAGCUAGGCCCAGACAUUUGAGGAGAAUAUUCUUAUUGUAUUUCGACUAUCAAACGCAUACAUCAUCACUUCACUUUAUCUUCAUUCGUUUCCUUUUUUGCAAAUCAUCUUCAAUAUUCAGAGAGAUGAUCCCACAACAAGAAUCAGAGUUUGAUAUUGGUUAUCUCAAACCAUAUUACGGAAAGCUGUUUCCUUAUGCUGAUAUGUUUAAAUGGAUGUCUUACGGCCACGAUGGGAAACAUCCUGGUUGUGAUCAGUCCUACUUUGGAAGGAGGGAAUUUUCCUUCACUCUGAAAGGUGAUUUUUAUCUGCGCUUCCAAUCCUUCAACAGUGCACUUGAGCUUGAAAACUCCAUCAAAGAAAAAUGCCCUUUAAAGAUUGACAUUGGACCUGUCUACACAGUCGAUCCUGCAAAAAGGCAUGCCUAUGCACAGGGUGAUAAUAAAGUCUUCACUCCAGUUGAGAGGGAGUUGAUUUUUGAUAUAGAUAUGACAGAUUAUGAUGAUGUCAGAUACUGCUGCAAGGGUGCUGAUGUUUGCUUGGAUUGCUGGCCAUUGAUGACCAUAGCCAUCAAAGUGAUUGAUGCUUCCUUAAGAGAUGACUUUGGUUUUAAGCACAUACUCUGGGUCUAUAGUGGACGCAGAGGUGUUCAUUGUUGGGUGUGUGAUGGGAAGGCAAGAAGGUUGACUAAUGAGCAAAGAGCUUCUAUUGCUGACUAUUUUCGUGUUUACAAGGGCAAUGAAAAUAGUCAUAAGAAGGUUUCCUUGAUGGGUGCUGCUCUUCAUCCUUUCUUGGCGACAUCAUACACCAACGUUCUCAAGGACUAUUUUGAGAAAAUAUUGCUUACAAAUCAAAACUUACUUGCUACUGAGGAGAGAUAUGAGAAGAUCCUAAGCAUGAUUCCUGAUGAAUCUAUUGCUUCUGAACUUAGGGGAAGAUGGCAAGAUAACAAUAGGAGGUCCUCUAGUGCAAAAGAAGAUAUUAAUGUUGUGCGAUGGGAACAGUGCAAGCAGCUGCUGCAAUCUGGAAAACAUAAGGCACAAGGGUUGCGUAGAUGCGUUGAAGAGAUUGUGUUCUUCUUUACUUACCCCAGGCUAGAUAUGGAGGUUUCAAAACAUAUGAAUCAUUUGCUUAAAGCACCAUUCUGUGUACAUCCAAAAACAGGUCGUGUCUGUGUCCCUAUUGACCCAAAUCGGUGUGACGAGUUUGAUCCCACUACAGUACCUACCCUUUUUCAGCUUCUAGAAGAGCUUAAUAAUGAAGGCUUGAGAGCUGAUGUUAAUGGUGAAUGGAGUGGAACUUCACUUGGAAGUGCCGUCACACUUUUCAGAUCAUCAUUCUUAGAACCUUUGCUAAAAGCCUGCAAGGAGGAGAUAGAAAGGUCCUAUAGUUUAAAGUUGCAGCAGUCAAAGAACUCCAUAGGUUGGUAGUGCAAUGUAUUCUUGAUUGGUCAUGUAGAGCUUGAGAUCAAAUGGGGUCACAAACAUUUGCAGGUUGCUCAUCUAAAAGAUAAAAUGUUUGUAGUAUUAUUUACUUGUAAAGAGGCCCUUUGCCUCCCCUUUGUAUUUUUCUAGAAUCUAGAAUCUCUGAUUUGUUUCUUGUGAGUGUAAGGCAGUUGAAUUUCAGUCUAUGUUGUAUAUAAGUUGGAUGAAAAGCUUCUUAGGUGCUCCUAUUUAUCUAUAUGAUAUUUUACACUAUUGUACCAUAUUGUUUUUAUUCCAUGAGAGAAUUAAGUAUCA